UUAUUUCGCAAAUCUCUCUCUCUCUCUCUGAAAAUCAUGGAAGCUGAAGAUUUCUGUAGAGACUGCAAGCAAGAGACAGACGUCGUGUCCGACCACACGUCGGGUGACACAAUCUGCACCGUCUGUGGUUUGAUCCUUGAAGCCCGCUACAUCGAUGAAAGAGCCGAGUGGCGAAAUUUUGCCGAUCAGAACCCUGAAGAAGACCGGACUCGUGUCGGAAAAGCCUCCGAUCCUUUGGUGGAUAAUGGUGUUCUUUCCACUUGUAUAUCCAAAGAAAAGAAGAAAAACAACAAGAAGGGUACUGAUGCCGAUGGUAAUUUUCCUCCUAAUAAAUGGACCAAUAGGGCUGUAAACCCUAGCAAUUCUCUCCUAAAACCUUUCAAGUACCUCGAAGAGAUGGCCGACCGGCUAGACAUAUACGAAGGCGUUCCGAAAUGCAUACUGGAUCAUGCCAGAGGUCUAUACAUGAAGGCCGAUGAUAAGAACUUCUGUAAGGGGAGAAAUUCUAACCCUAUAAUGGCUGCUUGCCUCUUGCUCGCGUUUGAAGAAAGCCAAAAUACGCGAACACUAAAGGAAAUCACCAUGGUUGCCAAUGGGCCAUCUAAAAAAGAAAUUAGCAAGAUGAAGGAAGAGUUGAAGAGAAGACUAGGCCUUGCUUCCAAGAUCAAAAGCGCAAUCGACCUUUGGCCGCGACAUUGCUCGAAUCUUGGCAUGAGUAGUAAAGAUAAGAAGGCUGUGGAAGAAGCUCUGAAGAAUUUGGCAAAUUUUGAUGUUAGGAGAAACCCCAAUUCUGUUGUGGCAGCGGUUAUGUACAUGGUAGUUCAGCUUUCUAAUGGGAAUAACUGUUCUGUUCAAGAUGUCUCAAAAGCAGCUGAUGGUGUUGCUGUAGGGACAACUAAAAAGACAUACAAGGAUAUUUAUCCCUAUGCUUCACAGAUAAUACCAACCUGGUAUUGCAGGUUGGAGGACCUCAAGAAACUUGUCACUCCUUGAAGGUCUAAGGCACAACACGGCAAUUCCUAAUUCCUGAUCCUUCCAGCUUAUGGAGUUCGCUGGGAUGAUUAAUUUGGCUUUCCCCUCACAAUUAGUUGUGGGAUUAUCAUUUGACUAAUUGUCAAAAUUUGAAGUCAGAUUCUGAAUUGGUAUGUGGCAUGAUCGCUUAUGCCAACUUGUUCUUCAAACAGUCUUUUCCUCCUCACAAAUUGGUGUGCUUUUGAAUGCAACGAGAAAAUAUGCCCGCGCGUUGCUGCGAGACUUGAA